CCUCAGAACUGAACACAUCCCAUUCAUGGAAUCUUAUUAUCAUAAUAUGGAAUCUGAUAGCGAAUACAUGGGCCGAAGAAAGGGUCGAAAACUAAUGGCUGAAAAACGGCGACGGGCCAGAAUAAACCAGAGUCUGUUAGACAUCAAAGACAUCGUGUGCGGAGAUCAACAACGAAACGACCCCAACUUUGACAAAAUGGAGAAGGCUGAGAUCCUGGAGACGACUGUAGAUUAUCUGAGGAAUGUCAGGAAGAUCAACACAACACAUCAACACGUGAAAGAAGCUGUUCAAGUCAGAUUCCAACAUGGCUUCUCCAAAUGUGCUGAAGAAAUCCUCUCCUACAUCCAGUCUCUUCCCGGUGUGUCUGACAAUGUACAUCGUCAGCUGAGAAAACACAUCUCUCGACGUAUGACACAGAUUCAGCACUUACCCGUGACGUCACCAACAGAGGCUGUGACGUCAUACACAAGGAACUGCUAUGAGAGACUGAGUGCAGUACCUUCCUACAAUUCCCAAUAUCCACAUCCGGCUGCCCAUGCGUACAUGAGUAGGACAGUGGACACUUCCCCUGUGAAGGAAGACAACAGUUUAUCAGACAGUGGAUAUGCUGGUUCUCCUGAUAUAACCAAACAGUCCAGCCGUGGAACGGCUCACUAUCCCUCCUCCAGCUUCUCAGAUUCAGAACUCUGUAAAGUGCCAACAGAAAUGGUCAACAAAGACUCGAGGGUUAGGGCGUGGCUUCAGAGCACGUGGUCCUACUCCCAACAAAUCAAGACGGAACAACAGGUACCAUGGAGACCCUGGUGAACUCUUCCAUAAAUGGACUUGUUUUGUACAUGUGUCUAUAUUCAGUUUGAUAUACAUAUAUAUUCAUUUCAUCGAUCCACCAAACGUCUGACCCCUGAGUGCUGCCAU